GUGCAUAUCGGUUUAGUAAUUUGCAUUUAUCUUAGGCUUAAUCUUCAGCCAUCUUCCCUUUCUCCCUCUUCCUAUAACAGAAAGAUCAGUAUAGCUAGGUGGCUGGAAGAGGGUGGAGGGGAGGGAGAGAGGCUGUUCUUACAGCAGGUGUCUGACUGCCACUCCAGAAAACCACUGAACCUGCCAACCUAAUCCUCGAACAGCGGACUAUAUGGGGUUGACACAAAUCACACCCCAAAAGGAGUCUCCCAACAGUCAAUGCCAGCAUAUACCAGCGACCAGGAGUCCUCUGUGGCAGCUGUCGUGAAGGUCUCAGUAUGAUCCUCGGAGCCUCAGAGUGUAAGACCUGCUCCAACAUCUACCUCGUGUCCAUC